AGAACAUGAGUUCCGGGGCGAACUGCUAAACCAAAGGUGGACCCGAGGGGAGAGGAUCAACAGCUGUGAGAGCCGAAAACGAUUAAACAGCAGGGACUCCAAGGUAAGGGGACCUAAUACAUCAUUUAUCAUUCGCUUCCGUAUGUCUGUCAUUCCGUGGCCUCCAGAGAGGCUGAAAUACAAACUACAUUCAAACUCCUUCAGAGGCUGUAUUGCAAAAUCCAGGCACGGAUCAGUCUUGUAAUAAAUGUCCAGAUUUUCCCAUCCAAAUGUCCGAGGACGGUUCUAGAUAAUUUCUAGUAUCCGACUGGGGACAUUCGUACUUUAGCGGGCUCACUAUUGGGGAUAUUUAAAUCGAACACCCCCACAGUGAAUACUAAUUGGUCAAAUACAGCAUAUAUCUCACAAACACAAAAAACUAAAUGAAUUAAAAAAAAAAAAAAAAUUAGGACAUCCAAUAUUUGUAUACCCAAUGGGUGCAUGUUUUUCUCAGCCAGUACCACCUCUGCUCUGCAAACAUUCCAUGCAUUCAUCAUUCUUGUUGAAAUGUACAGAGGCUUUACAUUUGUGCAGAGCCCACGGCUGAGUAUUACCCCUUUCUGCCAUAAUCCCUUUCCAAUCUCCAAUGAAACGGAUAGAUGCAUUCUAGGGAUGUAGAAUGCAUUUUUAAUAUAUUUUAAAAUUAUUUUACCAGUAGAAAUAAUUUGCAAUUUAUUUCACAUUAUCGCAGCCUGAAUAUCAUUUAUUCUUUCCUCUGCAACACUUUUUUCUCCCAGAUUAUGAAUAAAUCACAAUGUAGAUUUCUGUGCGGAUUACAUCGGUAGUAAAGGAUAUUUAUUGCAUGACAAACAAAGCACACGAUGUCCUAGGAGUUCUUAAAAAUAAAUGGACUCUAUUCAAUUAAUUUCAUCAUACGGGAGAUUAUGGUUCCCAGAUUCAUUUUUAUGUUAAAAAUGGCCGUAAUUUAAAGGGACGCUUUCACAUCACACAAUAUUUAAUACUAUGUUUACUUAUUGCUUACAUUUAGCAAAUAUGUAUUUGUUAGGUCUGAAAAUAAAAUGAAAUGUAGAAAUUCACAUCACUGCAGUUCCCUUUAUCCUGGAACUGAACACCACCAUCUUGGCUCCCAUUGCUGUAAGCACUUUGCACCUGUCAGUCAGCAUAGAGAGGAGGAGAAUUGAACACCGCCAUCUUGGCUCCCAUUGCUAUACAGAGUCCAUGCAUUGCAUUGUGCUAGUAUCUGAUUGUCUGUUUCUGUUUUGCUGAUAGGCCUACAAUGCACCGUUGUAUAGCGUUAUGUAUAAUAUAGUCUUACUAUAGCAGAUUUACAUGUUUGCUGAUGCGUUGUUCGUUAUGGUAGGUUUAGCAAUUUAAUUAAUCUGGGAUUAAUCUAAUGAUGUUCCUGAAAACCUCUAAUUGCAGAUGAAUGUGGAAAUUGACGACAAAAGAACACGCACGAGGUCAAAAACAAUCAGAGGUGAGUUUAUUACCUCCGCUAGGUCUGAUAAGCUCAAUGGCAUCCUCAGGAGAUAAGAGAGCUUCGCACCCUGCACGAACAAGUCAUACCUCAUUAGAGUCAUUCACAAAAAUACUAACAGCUCUGAGGACCAACCGAGAUUUAUGUUUAAUUCAAUCCGAACUUUUGAAAUCUCUUAAUUACUUACAAGCAUUCAUCUAGAGCACGCAGGCGGUGUAGUGCACAGUGAGGGGGCACCCAGGGGGACUGCAGCUAAAAGCUUUGCUAUUCUCACGCACACACUGGCUGUGCUCACAUCUCGAUGGUUCUUAUAAAGCCACAUGACUGCUAUUAACUGCAGCUUGUCCUAAUUAGUCAUCAGCACCCCCAAAACUGUGAACUCUACACCAAGUUUUUCAGAUGUUGAAAUUGAUUGUGUUAUAUCGAAAACCAAGCUGAGUGAUAAUACACCUUCCUGUCUCAGUGGACCCUUAUGUAGUCCAUAGAGUGACUUUGUGACUUCAUGGUCCAAACGAGAGCUGCAGCGCACCAAAAUUUGAGAUCCACUAAAUCUGAUGCAGAUAAUGUGUGGUACUGAGAGGUGGCCCUUUAGCAUUCUGUUUUUUAAAUCAGUGUAACGAACAACGAAACGUUUGAGAGCAGGUCUUGGACUAGCAGCAGACACAAAAUAUUUGUUCCUUCCAGAUGGACGCUUUCUGACCUGCUUUGUAAGAAUAGAUUAUAAAGCAUAGAUUAUGACGAACGAUAAGAACCAAUUGCUUUGUACAGUCUGCCAUUUCUUAAAUCCACCUAUAAGCUCAUAAUUAUUUGUUCUUUGGGAAGUGUUAUGUCUACACAUUAUUUUAUUUUAGUAAUUCACAUUCUGCUCCGAUUUAAACCCUUAACCAUUUAUAUUCAGUCUUAAAACUGAGCAGGUUGGCUGAUUUUUAAAAAUGUAUUUUUUUAUAAAACUAGUGCCCUGGAUCCUUAUUGUAGGAUACCACCUUAAUAAAAGAAUUAUGUGUCUCAAAACAAACGUCAGUAAAUCACAAUAUUAUCAUUUCAGUUAUAGUAGUGGUACUCAGAGCUCCUAUUUGGAGUUCUGGGAAUAGUGACGGAUAGGUUAACAUUUGAAAUUGAAGUGUUUUUUAUAUUGGAUGACCGAGUCUUUAUUGCAAACUAAUACAGAAUUUGUAUUGAUCUCUCGACAGCAGUCCCCGCUGAGCUCAUAGGACAGGAAGUGAGGUAAGAGGAUAUCCCAACCUACAUUCACUCAUCUUGGCUCAGUGGGUUUUUUUACAUUUUAUCUUUGUUAAUGCAUCAAACAUAUAACACUCGUCUGCAUGAGAAUGGACAGAGUUCAAUAACUUGGUCUAUGUAUAGUGCCCAAGGUCUCCUGUGUGUUUAAUAAACUGUGCUGUUAUAGAGGAGACUUCAGUGAGCCUAUUAACCUGGAGAACUUGCAAUCGCAGCCCCGAUCCGAGCUGUCAGACAACUUUCUUCUGUACUAAAGCUCUAGCAACCUUAGGCAGUCAUCUCACCCAAUUACAGGCCUGAGUGAGGUGUAUUUGAAUUCUAAAACAGAGUUCCCAACCCCGCUUUCAAGGCACACCAAAAGACGGGGAUUUAGGAAUUCCUUAAUUUUGUUCCAGUAGGCAUCUUGACUAAAGCAGGGCUGUUGGUGUGUGUUAGAUUGGGAGCCACUGCUUGGAUUUGGAUUGUCCUGUGUCUUCAGGAGAACCCUAAAAGUAUGAAAAUAUGCACAUAAACCUGAGAAAGGAAGUUUAAUGACCUGUUGUAUGAGAUGGAACUCAUUCCCGAUCUUGCCGUGAGUUUCAGCUCACUUGUUCCAUCACAUACGAAUGUCCAUUCUCAGUUGAGUGUUUUUCACAAACCGUUUGCCUUUCUGAUUGGGUGUAAAUAAAUAAAGCAGACCUCAGGGUCGUUGAAGGCUACAUUGGCCUUCCCUGUUCUAGAGCAUGGAGAUGGCUCACGCCAAGAGUAUCCAGCUUAAUAGCUGACGUCACACUACCCUCUGAGCCUCUGAUUCUACAGCAACCAAAGUGUUACAAAAUAAAAGGAACACACAGUAUACUCUGAGCUGUGCACAUUCAGUUCUUUAAUUAAGCAUAGUCAUAAAGCUGUAAUGAACACUCUAUUAAUUAGAUGGGGUGAAGUGUUUCAUUAAUCUGAAGCAGGCAUGUGGUUCACUGGAAUUAAACUGAUCAGGAUGAAUGAAAGCCCGUCAGAGGGUAAAGGUUCUCGUUCCUCCUUGGCUCCCGUGGUGACCUAAUAUCGCUCUUCUUUACUUUCUCUCAAGCUGUCCCACCCCAGGCUGCAUUGGCUCAGGACACACAAGUGGAAAGUAUGCAAGACACAGAAGGUGAGUGUGCUCUUAGAAGCUGACUCGUAUGGAUGUAAUUCAUUCUGUAAUACUAGUUCUGCAUAUCUCCAGAAACUCAAACAAUCGUAGCUACAGAGAUAUGGUCAUCUCGUCAUAGUCCGGAACAGGGGUGGGCAAACAUCAAACACAGUGAAUCAUUGGUUUUGUGAUCUUAAUGAAUGGAGGAGGUCAUAAGAUACAGCACUGUGACAAAAUUUAGUCUGGGCAGACCAUUAUUCUGGAAAAUUGAAAAUUUUCCCGAUGACCCGAUGAGGUCAUUUUGUUCUUGAUUAUGUUGGCUAAAAGUUAACUCACCGCAACCUACUGUUUAGAUGAAACCUCUAUAUGAGCCAAGACCCAGAUCAGUCAAUAUUUUUAUCGAAACAUACCCAGCAGCAAAGAAGCAACGAUUCACAUUCAUUGGUUAGUUUCAGACGGUUCAAGCAUCUUGCGUUAAACUUAUCUGCACAGCUGAAUUUCUCUCCAAACCUGUCCCUGUCAUUCCUGCAUGGAACGGGUAGAAAUUCAUGAUCAAAUUACAGAUAAUUUUUCUAAGUAACAAGAGACAGCUCAGUGAGAGGUAACUAAAUUACAUAGCAUUUGGCUCUCAUUGGAAGCACUGCGGAUAGGAAACCGUUUUAUUGCUAACGUAUAAAGAAAAUUGUGCCCAAAGGAGACAAGUGCAGAAAUAUAAUAAAAAAAUGUCCCUAUGGGAAAUGAACCUCUUCCCUAACGAAUUAACUGAUUUUUAUUGAGAAGCACUUUUUUAAUACAUAAUAUGCAUAUAUUUACAUCAAAACUACCCUCUGACUAUUAUUAAAAUGCAAUGAAUAAUUCCUAAAUGUCAUGUCCUGAAUUAUUAACAUGAAACUGUCACCUGAAAUAUUCUUAACCUAAAUCACUUAAAAAAAUAUAUCGCCAACAAAUUAUAGUUUUAUCUAACUAGACCUCAAUAUAAUAUUGUUUAAUAAGCUGCUCGAAUGAUUUAAGAUUUUUGGUUAGACUUUUAAAAUAUUUUUUUAAACAUAUUAACAUAUUCAAAUAUAAAAAAUAUAUCAUACCUAAAAAUAUAUCAAUAUAUAAAAAAAUAUCAAAAUAUAUUUUUCAUGAUAUUAAAUAGUUUUAAAAGUGUAUCAAAAAAUAUUAAAUGAUUUGAGAAGCACAGACCUAACAAUAUUAAAGUGAGGCCUAAAUCACAAUAAAUUUAUGCUACGAUUUCCAUUUGAAGUUAGGAAAGUUUUUCAGAGUGGAAAUUCUAUUUUGAAAUUUUGAAAGCUUCCACGACAGUUACAGAUAAAGAAAAACACAGAAUAAAUCCAGAAAAAGAUGCAGAGCGUCAGUCAAAACCCAGUGUUUCUGGAUUUUUCCUGACUUGCUCCUGGCAUUCCAUAGUGCACGGAUGAGGAAAUUCAGUUCUCCAACUGCUUCAUGUAAUUAAAGAAAUGAUGUGUUGAAACAUUUCUCUUGUACUUUGUACCAGUUUACAAAGUUGCCCCCUGGCACGAAAACGCAAGAUUCAGGAUGCCGAAGCAGAACAUGUUUCUUCAAAGAGGAAAUCACACCCACUCAAGCUUGCCCUGGACGAGCGGUACAAUGUGGACAGCGAUGGAAGUGAGGAAACAGAGGUGAAACAGGAAGAGUCUGGGUCUGAGGACUCUGAAGGAAGUUUAGAGGAAAUCGAAGAAGAAUCUGAAAUGGCAGAACCCAAAGAUAUGCCCAGCCCAAAAUCUCCUGCAGAAGGUAAUCCUCUUUGUUUAGGAGAUGUAAGACAUGUGUGUACCUACAACUCUUGUCAUGUAGUAAUUCCAUUACUUCUCCCUUAGAAUUUCCCCCAGAAUUUCUCUUUAUACACAACUCCCAUUUAAGGGUCUUGCUUGGUUCCAGGAAGACAUGGGGCUUGAGCCCAAAGGAAAACUAUGUGACCCUUACACUGGCAGAGAGGUGGGGGUAUGUCAUGAAGAUCCCCAUCUUUCUAUGGUUAGUCGCCUCCUCUCUACCCAUGAUUAGCGUGCCCAGGUAUUCACUGCAAUCCUGCCAAGCUACCUAAGUAAUACAGGAAUGUUCAGCAACGCUCUUUAUCUCCUACCAACAGUCACCUGGGGGUCACCACCCCUCUAAGUAGUCUAGCAGAGCAUAACAAUACUGAUCUUUUUUUUUUUUUUUAAAAGGAGGCUGGAUACUCGAUAUAAAACUCAACUAGCAGUAGAGAUUCAGGGCUAAAGAGCCGUAUGCCCCCAGUGUAUGUUGCUAAAUGAAGUAUUUCAGAUACUGACACCUCUUCCUCACAUAGAAUAUUAAGGCUGACUAACACUAAACUAACACUAAACUAUUGGUGGAGUAAUGGAUACAAUCCCAAAAUAAAAUGUUUGCUAACAGGCUGAUAUUAUGGCAUGUUCCUCUCUGUUUGAAAUAUACUCUUUGACCAUUUGAGAAUCCUAUUUACUGCAGCUCAGUGAAAUGCAUUUCAUUGAUUGAUAUAUAUAUUUACAUACAUGCAAAAUAAACCAGAAACACAGUAUGGAUCCCUGAAACCGUGAGUGCAAGCAGUGCAGUUCACUGUGCAGCCUGAACAAUACAUCACACAAUACCAGACAUGAUCCCUUGCUGGCCAGACAUGUCUUGGAAACACAGGAACAUGAAUUCCCCAGCCUGACAAGAUCCUGUAGUAAUUAGAACAUACCUAGUAACGAGUUUCCUUUCAACAGGCAUCAAGACUAUCUAAUGGGGGUUAUGUGCGAGCCGUGUUUCCAGCUACAUAAUUGCAAGAUUAAUUUACUUCACAGUGUAAUUACAAAAAGAGUAAUGUCAACCUUUUUUUCUCUGUACAUUUUUUUUCUUUGUAGAUGAAAAACCAACAUUUACAGAGGAAAUAUCCAACACAGAGAAAAGUUCUCAAGAAAAACCCAGUUACAGCAGCUACCAAGAAAUUAUUGCCAAUUCGCUUCUGAAUCUGGGGCACGUAGCGAAGCAAACACUUGUGUCAGAGGGGCAUUUAGCAGAAAGUGAACUGGACUCUCCCAAACCAAGUAUUGGUGCAGUGGAGAUAGUACAGGAGGAGGAGGUGGAAGAAGCCCUGGUAGAAGAUGUGUGCGAUAAAGAGAUUAUCAUCCAGACUGAAGAUGCUGAAGAGGUCAUUGAGGUCACUAGUGAACGGAGCAGUGAGCUGUGUCUUGAAUCAAGGGACGAUGUCAACUGUGAAGACACCUGCAAGUUGCAGAAGGAUGUAGAGGAGGAAGAAGAUGAUGAAGAUGAUGAUGACGAUCUUGAUGAAGACGAUGAUGAUGAUGAUGAUCUGGAAGACUUUGAAGAGGAAGAAGAAGAACGACCCACCGAGACGAUCAACCAAGUUAUUCCCCAUGUUUCUCAGGACUCCCCUAAAAUCCACUGUGAAGGACAGUUCAGUCCUAAACCUGAAUAUUCAGUCAUUGUGGAGGUCAGGUCAGAUGAUGAUAAAGACGACGAUAACCAUUCACAAAAAUCAGCCGUUACGGAUGAGUCCGAGAUGUAUGACAUGAUGACCAGAGGAAACUUAGGGCUUUUAGAACAAGCGAUUGCUCUCAAAGCCGAACAAGUCAAAGUUGUUCGAGAGCCAAGUCGAAUUCCUGCUGAUAACCCCAAGAAUUUCCAACCAGAUGAUAAACAAAACAGAUCAAUAGACACCAUGAGGAAAAACUUUUAUGGUAAAAAUGUUUCUUUGUCUAAAAUACUGCAUGCUUUUUAGAAACCAAUAUUGUUCUUAGACAGAGUUAAAGCAUGGAAAAAUCAUCCGUAAAUUAGUUUUAUUGAAUUCUGCACUUGACCAAAAAAAUGUGUUGCAAGUUCCGACUUUGCAGAAAUAAAGCCUACCCACGCAUUUUAUGCGUUAUCUCUUAACGCACAGCAUGGUAGAUUCUCCAAGUUUCAAGCCCCGUAGCAAUAUGUUUUGCAGUGUACAGCUCAUUAUACAGCGGCCAACAACCAACAUCCGACAUUUUCUGCUUUCUAAGCAAUGUGGGUCUUUGCUAGUAUAUGUUGUUUCUUUUCCACACUAUUUGAAAGCUGAUAUAAUAUACGUCUCUCGCUGCUUCAUCCUCGGGAUGAUGGAGUAAGUGUAAUGUAAUCUCCAUGUGGUUGUGUCUGUGAGUUCACAGGAAACAGAUUAGCAAACUAGAAAUGAAAUAAGAUCUUUCGCAUUGAUCCUUGGGGUAAUUUUUAGCUGAGCUAUGAUAUUGCGCAUUAACGUUAGCCGCGUGCGGAGGGUGAAAAGUAUUUUGUUACACUUUGAUUAUGCUGACACAAAGAUGAUAAAAACUGCAUGAAUUGUUCCUUUGUCUGAUACAAAUGGGUCUUAAAUAUAGUUCUGUUACUGUAUAAAAAAAAAAAAACACUUUUACAAUAUUAUGUCAUAGCAUGUCAUUAUUCGUUAUAGCAAGCAUGUACGUUUGUGCUUAGAACAUAUCUCCCAGGAUGCACCUUGCAUUGUUCCUGAUUGGUUGCAUAUUAUAGACAUUCGUUCAAGUGUCAGUAUUUCUUUUAUAACUAACUAGUACAUGCCUCCAAGCAGGCUUAGUGAAUUGAUAUAAAAUAAAUUAUAAUAAUACAAUAAAUGCUAUCAAAAUGAAAAGAUUUCUCGAUUAUAGAAAAAAACGACUUUCUUUGGUGACGAUUCCUUAUUCAACAAAGGACUCAACAGGAAGGGAUAUAUCAAAUUCAAAAAUUUAAUUUCUAAUUUUAUUUUUACAAAUACUGUAUUUAUUGAACAGAAUUCUAACAUGGGUUUCCACAAACUGGGCAGAUAAAUUGUAUAGACUUAUAUGUACUUUGAUUGUUCAGAUGCAGCCAGGCCAGAGAAGAGAGAGAUUAAAUGCCCCACCCCGGGCUGUGACGGUACCGGACAUGUCACAGGACUGUAUCCCCAUCACAGAAGCCUCUCAGGAUGUCCUCACAAAGACAGGAUUCCUCCAGAGAGUACGUAUCAUUUUGUAAUUGUGUGUAUAUAUAGUAUCAGUCACUUGGGGCGGUAGUUACAUCAUUCAUAGCAGCUGAUAGCAACUUGCUACCUCAAGGGGACAAUUACCAAAUGACACAUCCUUUUUUUUGCAAUGAGACGUGUUCAUCGCUGUGUGCGAGCCUGUGACUACUUAAGGGCAGUCUGGACCCUAUAAUUAUGUCUAUGACCACUACUGUAUACACAGUUCCUUCCUGGAGUACUUGCGGUCCUAUCAUGUGUUUUUAUAAUGUUAUGGGUUUACCCAUUCAUCCAGUGACUCAUGCAGGAUGGAUUGUCAGCUCCCUGAUCAAGAAUUUAAUCGUUUUCUAAGGGAUCCUUUCAAUCCCUAGUUAACACAGCAAAAUGUUGCCUUGUUUUUCCCAGAAUGCACUUUGCUUCUUCAUUAAAUGAGAACAAUGUGUAGGACUACUGUUCUCAUGAUAUUUUGCCAGCCUUUAGACUGACACAUUAUAGCAGGAGUCAUAGUUCGGCAUUGACUGCAUUUACUCCAUUAGCCUACCCCUGAUGCUGACAGUUAACUUUAUUUAUAUGCAGAAGCCGUAUUGUGCACUGUUCUGGUGGGUAGAGGAUAAAUCGUUUUGUUUGUGUUUAUUUUCUCCUGGCACAGUUCUGGCAAUGCACGAGAAUGUGUUGAAAUGCCCAACGCCGGGCUGCACUGGACAAGGUCACGUGAAUAGUAACAGGAACACACACAGGAGGUAAAUAUUUCAAUUGAUGUACGCGGUAUUCCGACCUCAGCCUCAGAGAGAAUACAGAUUUACCUUAAAAAGACACCGUUACAAAGAGUACAAAUUAAUGUAACAUCACGAACGUGGGCAUGUAUUGUAACGCAAAUCCCAAGCAGUAUUCCUAUUUUGACUAAACUUCUUGAAAGUGGCGAUCAAGUCAAUUAUCCCCAAAUUUUUUCACAUUUUGUUUGUAAAAAUAAGUUCAUGAUUCUGUUGCUCUCCUGUCCUUGUUGGAGUCCGAAUCCCAAAAUCCUUUCGCAGUUCUAUUAAUAAGCCUUGCAUUAAUCUACUAGUGUCACAAAUUUCAUUGGAAAUCCUCCUCUAUGCAAGAGUAAACAGAUAAUCACAUGUUUGCUCUCCCAGCCCCUGUGUUUACCCAGCAAUCAACCUGCAGGCACUUUUCAGAACCAAUGUUGGUUUUCAUAUUUGUCUCAAAUCUUUCGAUGGUAACUGAAUUGCAUUUUGCAGCUUGUCCGGAUGCCCGAUUGCUGCGGCUGAAAAGUUAGCCAGAUCUCAUGAAAAGACACAGCAGCCAGGGGACCUCUCCAAAAACAGCCCUAGCUCAGACAGAAUACUCAGGUACGUGCAAAUAAAAACAGGAUGUGGGUCCCUUUUACCACAUGAGAUCUUCCUUUAUUAUUUCAUUAUUACCCCAAUUAUUACGCAGUUUGGUCUGGAAUUACCUCUUUGGGUUGGAAGACAAUGUUUGCUCCUUCUCUUGAAGGCGUAGUAUGGAAUUUUUCUAUUGAGGGCCUACAGGACUCUUGACUGCCUAUUCACUAAUUUGUUUCUGGUUCCGCUGUGUGUCUGACAGGCCCAUGUGUUUUGUGAAGCAACUGGAGAUUCCCCAAUUUGGCAGCUAUCGACCCAAUAUGGUGCCUGCGACCCCCAGGGCAAACCUGGCCAAGGAGCUCGAAAAAUACUCCAAGGUCACCUUCGAUUAUGCAAGUUUUGAUGCUCAGGUUUUUGGCAAACGCUUGCUUGCUCCAAAGAUUCAGACAAGCGAAACCUCACCCAACGCCUUUAAAUGUAAGUACAAUCAACAUAACAGUGGUGUAGUCCAGGAGGUGGAAAUAAUGCGCAGAGUUAUAAACACUGGGGGCGGUGUACUGAGACUGAGAAUCACCAAAAAGAAGACUAAGGCUCUGCUAAUGCAGAAUUGGCCAUAAAAAUAGACCCCAACACUGUCAUACAAUUGAUGCCUGGCAAAGCAUCAUGUGGAUUGCAGUUCUAAAAGAGCUUACAAAUGUGCCUUUUGGCCAUCUCUCUACGAGUGUGUAAAAAUGAAGUUCUGAAAACAUGACUUUUUUGAGCGCUAUAUGUUAUUGCAGUGUGAUAAAAAUGGCUGCACACUCUCUCACAGAGGUGAAUAUCUAAAAAAUGGGGCUCACCUACAGUAACAGCACAGUGACUAAAUAGCUCAGAUAAACUUAGAAACAUAGAAUGUGACGGCAGAUAAGAACCAUUCGGCCCAUCUAGUCUGCCCAAUUUUCUAAAUACUUACUUUAGUCCCUGGCCUUAUCUUAUAGUUACGAUGGCCUUAUGCCACGCAUGCUUAAACUCCUUUACUGUGUACUCCAGCUUUUACAUUAAAAAAAACCCCACCUUUCCCCCAAUACUAUCUAAAAACAGACAAGUAAUUACUAAUAAGAUGUCAGGUUUAUUAGACAAGUCAAAGACUUUUUAAAAAAUAUCUCAUUCUCAUAACUAAUGAACUGUUUUAAUAAAUGUUCACUUUUUCCUCUGUCGAUUAGUGUGAUCUUGGGCUUUCUGAAACGAUGUAUUCAGAAAGACAUGAUAAAUCUGAUCAAAUCACCUGGUAAUUGCAACCGGCCACAACUGAGCUUGCAGAAACCAGCUUUGUUAUGUUUUUUUUUGCGUAGUUAUGGUUGUUUUAGCGCAGUUGUGAUUGUUUUAGUGUAGUUGUGGUUGUUUUAGCGCAGUUAUGGUUGUUUUAGUGUAGUUGUGGUUGUUUUAGCGAAGUUGUGGUUGUUUUAGCGUAGUUGUGGUUGCUUUAGUGGGUUGGUUGGGAGUCAAAAAUGUGCUAACUAGUUUUUAUUUAGUCUAUUGGGUUCUUUACUGAAUACAGAGGCUGCUUUGUCUUCCGUAUUAGGAAAGAUAUAGAUAAGGGCAGUGCGGGAAGUGGAAACCUCGAUUAUAGUUCUGAAGAUCUCCCUGCGGAAAUAUUCCGGCUUCUCACAUUCGCGCUGUAAUCCAGAUGCAGUUGGACAAUCUAAAGCAUUCCUGCCCCAGAGACACCAGCUUAUUGCAGUGCGAUGGCAAAUUAUGUUGCAGUUAAACCUGUAGAGGAUGGAACUAAAAUGCUGGCCCACGGCCAGUCCUGCCAGCCUGCUUUACAGCUGACGGGAAACUAAUUUGUUUACAGCAAAAGUAAAAAAAACAAAAAACAAAUACAAAACAAUAUUCUCUUGCUGAAUAAAAUCAGCUCAUUUGCAGUAUUAGGAUAAGACUUCACAGGAUAAUUGUUCUGACGAAAUGAAUUACGACAAACAGAAUAUAAUACAGUUUCUAAACAAUCCUCCUCUCCGCUAACGCACUGAUUGAAAAUCUAUUUGAGCUGGAAAAAUGUAUUAAAUGUGAAACGUCAGCGGGAAGGCAGAGGCGAAUUGAAGAUGAUGCAUUCUAGUUUUCUUAUUUCCCAAAGGGGGCAGUUUAGACUAUUCAUAGAUAGGGGAGUGCGCAAUGCAAUUCAUUGUGUUUGUGGUCCAUUGCUCAGCUGAAUGUUAAGAUCGCGCAUGGAUGGAAGUUGUCAAUAUUUGCAUUUACAUUGAAUGUUCAGUAUAUUUAGCAAGCUUUUUGUUUUUUGCACGUUUUACAGCCAAACAAUUCCCAAAAGCCUCUUCCCCAAGUCACAGCCCAUCCAGCAGUUAUGUAAAAAGUACUUCUUCUUCCUCCUCUGGCUUCGAUUACACCCACGACGCAGAGGCUGCUCACAUGGCGGCCACCGCCAUCUUGAAUCUUUCAACGCGCUGCUGGGAGAUGCCGGAAAAUCUUAGCACCAAGCAACAAGAUCUGCCUAGUAAAGUGAGUUACUCACCCAGGCUGGUUUUAAACAGGUGGCAGGUUUUAGAUGGAAACACGGUUUGCUAUGAUUAGGGAUUUGAUUAACAAAAAUGUGAGUUGGAAUAUGAUGACGAUCAACGUCAAAAAUACAAACCAAUAUUGUUGGGUUGGAUAAAAGAUUUCCGGUUCAGAUACCUUUUUUCCCAGCUUUACUGGCAUAAAUUUAGAGAAAUGUUGAAGCCAUGUUGGCGAAGCAAGCCAGUGUUAACCCUAAAUAUACUAAACUCCUAAAUAUCUAGGGAUAUUUGAAGAAACCAAAAAAGUGAAUUGUGUAGCUAGAAGGGAAACAGAAGGUAUCAAGAAAAGAAAAAAAAAAAAAAAACUAAAAAAAGAUUUCAAAUUACAAACACAAUACAACAGCAGUAGAGGAAAAGGAAAAAUUUGGGGGAUUUAAUGGGUGUUGUUCUGGAAGCUGUUGAGCCUGUGAAGUAUGGUGCUCAGUAGAGAGUACACGAUGAGCAUUAUGGUAAAAUGUAUUAAGAUAUCUGGGAUAACUGGGAAAUGAUCAACUUUAGAGAAAGCAGAUUGUGGAGCACUAGAUCAUACUGCAAUGGUAGAACACCAACAUUCAGGUGCAAGGCCUUUACUUUUAUAUUUGUCCCACAGUCCAUGGAUAUUGAAGUUGAUGAAAAUGGUACAUUGGAUCUGAGCAUGAACAAACACAGGAAACGUGAAAGCACGUUUCCCAGCAGUAGUAGCUGCAGCAGUAGCCCAAGUAUGAAGUCCCCUGACCAGUCUCAGCGCCAAAACUGCACCAGUGCCACCAGCAGCACCAUGACUUCUCCUCAGUCCAGCCAGACGUCUCGGCAAGAUGAUUGGGAUGGACCCAUCGAUUAUACCAAGCCGAAUCGCCAGAGAGAAGAGGAACCAGAAGAAGUAGGUACUGGGGAACGGGUAGCUUUUUAUACAGUUUUUAGUGAAGUACGUAACAUUAACAUGUUUGUGUCCUGUAAUAAGGUAAUUGUUAUUUCUUGUAUAUUCAAAAUUAAAUUAGUGUUCUGGUCAAAUUGUAAUUCUCGUGAAGGCUCUAAAAGUGCUGCAAUAAGUAAGAUGAUUCCUUUUAGUAUUAAUGGUGACUUUUCAAGCCCCAAAACAUUGAGCUUUUCUUCUUAGCUCAGUUAUAUUUGUAUGCUUUGUUGGGUUUUGAGUCCUGUAGAAUUUAUUUUUCUGGGAUUAUGUCAAAGCAGUCAGAGCCUCAAAAAAUUUAUUUUUCUUUUUGUUUGCUUGAUUUAAGUCUGAGCCUGCAGGAGCAUCUUUUGCUUCCUCGGAAGCUGAUGACCAAGAGUUGCAAGAAGAGAACUUUGAGGAUCGGAAAUAUCCAGGGGAUGUCACAUUAAGCAAUUUCAAACUGAAGUUUCUCUCCAAGGACAGCAAGAAGGAGUUACUGACGUAAGUCAAAAUCCAGGAUAAAGCUAGCUGUUCCACUCGUUAUAUUGAUAGCUUUCACCCCUAAAUCUAAUCAUUAAAGGACACACAUUUGGUUUUCUGGGUCUCGAGAAGGUACAAAACAAAAUAGCACAACUCAAGUUUCUGAAGAACUGUUAUCAGUUCAAAAGGUAGGCAAGUGCUUACCUGAUGAGUUUAAUUUGAGAAGAGCCCCAUUGCCAGCUAUUCAUUUUAAUAUACUCCUGUUGGGAGGGCAGGGGAACGGGUUAUUUGUCAAAUAUGGCGUUCUCUUGAAUUUUUAAGGUCCUCUUAUUUGACCAGUCCCUCAGAGAACAGGUCUUUUGGACACAGCUAAUCAAGGUGCAGAUUAUCUUUAAUCCUUCUCUUGCAAUAUAUUGCAGUACCCUCUGGGCAAGAAGGAGCUCAAAUAUCUAAAAUUAGUCUGCAUUUCUAAAUUAACAUGUUUAAUAAAUACACAAGUGGUGAGUCAGCAGCAGAAUUAUCAAAAGACAUGGUCUGGAUUGUGCACUGUCUUCUUCUGUAGUCUUGGGUGGUUUUGUGAAAAGAUUUUGUUCUUAUGUUAUAACCUAUCCAAAAACAUGUAAAGGGACCCCAUUUUGCCUAGACGUACCCCCUGCAUUUAGUCUGGCAGAAAAUGCAUCUCCCGUUGGACUUACAUGAACCAAUAUUCUCCUAGAUAUUUUGCUGCACAACGGGAAAUUCGGCCAGUACGAGAUGGGGGGUGCGCAAGUCCAAAAGGGGGCGAUGGAGGAAAAAAAUCAGCAACCCUCCUGAAUGAGUAAGUUCUCAAAAAAAUGUAGAAAUAAAAUUAUAUAUGAGGGUUUGUGUGCACAGCAGGAGACCACUGAUUUUUAAGUUAUAAUAAAGGGAUUUGCAGGAUCUGAUGUUGUCGGCCAUAGCUGGAUGCUAUGUCCAUUCUCACAUACAUAAUACUCUUGUCAUCUGUAAAGCUCUAUUAAAGGAACUCUCCAAACACUAUGACCACUACAGUGAGCUGUAGUGGUUAUUGUGCAAGGAGUACCCUGGUGCCCUCCAAGGGUAAGUAAUCAAACCCUUUGCAAAGUAUCAGUUGCAGCCUCCUGUGGAGCAAGAAGCUCCUGCAGGGAGCAUUCAUCAGCACCCUUAAAGUAAGCCCUGCAGUGCAGGGUCAUCUUGUUGGCUGAGAUCGUCAGCUGACCUGCAUUACUGGGAUAAACUCAGGGUAGAGAGCAUCCAGCUCUCUUGGAGAAGGUGACCGACGCUUGGUGGAAUACUGUGUAGCGGGGGGGAGGGAGGAGUUGGACCAGGGCACUCCUGGCACCGUAACCACCACAGUGCGCUGUAGUGAUUUCAGUGCUUGGAGUGUUCCUUUAACGCUGAGAUUGGCAGAAUGGGUGCAGAUCACUAAAAGCAAAAACAUGUAUUUGUCUUUUUUUAUGUGUCCAGACUGGAGAAUAUUUCAGGAAGUAAAAUAAGAUGAUUAUACAAUGAUAUGAAUAAGAAGAAUAUUGAUUAUUUUAGACUGUGAAAAAAUGUUAACUAUCACAAUGCAAUUUUUAGGUCAAAAAUGAAUUAGAGAAAUUAUCUAGUUGGUUAUUUUUUCAGUUUGGCUGUUCUGACCUUUGUAAUUCCCACUGUCCAUAGAGAGCAUUGCUUGCAGACUGUCCAUAGAGAGCAUUGCUUGCAGGCUGUCCAUAGAGAGCAUUGCUUGCAGGCUGUCCAUAGAGAGCAUUGCUUGCAGGCUGUCCAUAGAGAGCAUUGCCUGCAGGCUGUCCAUAGAGAGCAUUGCUUGCAGGCUGUCCAUAGAGAGCAUUGCUUGCAGGCUGUCCAUAGAGAGCAUUGUUUGCAGGCUGUCCAUAGAGAGCAUUGCUUGCAGGCUGUCCAUAGAGAGCAUUGUUUGCAGGCUGUCCAUAGAGAGCAUUGCUUGCAGGCUGUCCAUAGAGAGCAUUGCUUGCAGGCUGUCCAUAGAGAGCAUUGCCUGCAGGCUGUCCAUAGAGAGCAUUGUUUGCAGGCUGUCCAUAGAGAGCAUUGCCUGCAGGCUGUCCAUAGAGAGCAUUGUUUGCAGGCUGUCCAUAGAGAGCAUUUCCUGCAGGCUGUCCAUAGAGAGCAUUGUUUGCAGGCUGUCCAUAGAGAGCAUUGCCUGCAGACUGUACAUACUGAGCAUUGCUUGCAGACUGUCCAUAGAGAGCAUUGCUUGCAGGCUGUCCAUAGAGAGCAUUGCCUGCAGACUGUACAUACUGAGCAUUGCUUGCAGACUGUCCAUAGAAAGCAUUGCUUGCAGACUGUCCAUAGAGAGCAUUGCUUGCAGGCUGUCCAUAGAGAGCAUUGUCUGCAGGCUGUCCAUAGAGAGCAUUGUCUGCAGGCUGUCCAUAGAGAGCAUUGUUUGCAGGCUGUCCAUAGAGAGCAUUGCUUGCAGACUGUCCAUAGAGAGCAUUGCUUGCAGGUUGUCCAUAGAGAGCAUUGCUUGCAGACUGUCCAUAGAAAGAGCAUUGCUUGCAGACUGUCCAUAAGGUCAAAAUAGCUGAACCUUAAUAUUUUCUGUCAGCUAUGCUCUUUGUUUGGCUAAUCUGGCAAUACAAUUAGAAAUACUCUUUUAUUUAAUUUAAAAUUCUCACUUUAGUAAAUAACCCAUGGUUACAUUAUUUUUUUAUCAAACUCCUAGUUUGUGCAACCUGAUUACUAUGAUCGAACGUGGUAUCUGUUGUUCUGCGCUGUGGCACGCGUGGUUGUUGAAGUGAGAUGUAUCUUGAAUGGUGACCUUGUAUCACAUUGGUCAAACUCUCAGUAACUUUACUGCUGCUAAAAUAAAAGGCUGCUGGAAGCAUGUGAUGGCAAUAACCAGUCGGAUCAUGGGAUUUCCCAGUUCAACCAAUUAGUGCAUUUCUCUAAAAAGGCUUUAUGACUGUUUGAUGUGCCAGAAUUAUAUUUAUGCUAAAAUAAAGUCAGGGUUAUCUUGGAAUCGAUAUUAAAAUAUCUAAUUUCACGCAGUGCGCUAUCUCACUGGAGAUCUCAUUCCAUGCAGUGUGUUAUCUCACUGGUGAUCUCAUCCCAUGCAGUGCACGUUUUCACUGGAGAUCUCAUUCCAUGAAGUGCGUUAUCUCACUGGAGAUCUCAUUCCAUGCAGUGCAUUAUCACACUGGUGAUCUCAUUCCAUGCAGUGCACUUUUUCACUGGAGAUCUCUUUCAAUGCAGUGCUUUAUCUCACUGGUGAUCUCAUUCCAUGCAGUGCAUUAUCACACUGGAGAUCUCAUUCCAUGCAGUGCAUUAUCUCACUGGUGAUCUCAUUCCAUGCAGUCCACUUUCUCACUGGAGCUCUCAUUCCAUGUAGUGCAUAAUCUCCCCAGUAAUCCCAUUCCAUUUAGUGCGUUAUCUCCCCAAUGAUCUCAUUCCGUGCAGUGCGUUAUCUCUCCAAUUAUCCCAUUCUAUGCAGUGCAUUAUCUCGCCAAUGAUCCUAUUUCAUGCAGUUCAUUAUCUUGCCAAUGAUCUCAUUCCAUGCAGUGCAUUAUUGCUCUAAUGAUCCCAUUCCAUGCAGUACGUUAUCUCCUGAAUUAGCCCAUUCGGUGCAGUGCAUUAUCUCUCCAAUUAGCCCAUUCCAUGCAGUGCGUUAUCUUGCCAAUGAUCCCAUACCAUACAGUGCGUUAUCGCUCCAAUUAUCCCAUUUCAUGCUGUGCGUUAUCUCCCAGUGAUCCCAUUCCAUGCAGUGCGUUAUCUCCCGAAUUAGCCCAUCCCAUGCAGUGCGUUAUCUUGCCAAUGAUCCCAUUCCAUGCAGUGCGUUAUCGCUCCAAUGAUCCCAUUCCACGUAGUACAUUAGCUCCCCAACGAUCCUAUUCCAUGCUGUGCAUUAUCUCUCCAAUGACCCCAUUACGUGCAGGGUGAUAUCUUGCCAAUGAUCCCAUUACAUGCAGUGCGUUAUCUUGCCAAUGAUCCCAUUACAUGCAGUGCGUUAUCUUGCCAAUGAUCCCAUUCCACCCAUUCCGUGAAGUGCGUUAUUUCACUGGUGAUCCCAUUCCAUGCAGUGCGUUAUCUCCCCAAUGAUCCCAUUCCAUGAAGUGUGUUAUCUCCCCAACGAUUCUAUUCCAUGCAGUGCGUUAUCUCUCCAAUAAUCCCAUUCCAUGAGUGUGUUAUCUCCCCAACGAUCCUAUUCCAUGAGUGUGCUAUCUCUCCAAUGAUCCCAUUCCAUGCAGUGCGUUAUCUCCCCAACGAUCCUAUUCCAUGCAGUGCGUUAUCUCUCCAAUGAUCCCAUUCCAUGCAGUGCGUUAUCUCCCCAAACGAUCCUAUUCCAUGAGUGUGUUAUCUCUCCAAUGAUCCCAUUCCAUGCAGUGCGUUAUCUCCCCAACGAUCCCAUUCCUCUCCAAUGAUCCCAUUCCAUGCAGUGCGUUAUCUCCCCAACGAUCCUAUUCCAUGCAGUGCGUUAUCUCUCCAAUGAUCCCAUUCCAUGCAGUGCGUUGUCUCCCCAACGAUCCUAUUCCAUGCAGUGCGUUAUCUCUCCAAUGAUCCCAUUCCAUGCAGUGCGUUGUCUCCCCAACGAUCCUAUUCCAUGCAGUGUGUUAUCUCUCCAAUGAUCCCAUUCCAUGCAGUGCAUUAUCUUGCCAAUGAUACCAUUCCAUGCAGUGCGUUAUCUCUCCAAUUAUGCCAUUCCAUGCAGUAUGUUAUCUCCCCAACGAUCCUAUUCCAUGCAGUGCGUUAUCUCCCCAAGAUCCUAUUCCAUGCAGUGCGUUAUCUCCCCAAUGAUCCUAUUCCAUGCAGUGCGUUAUCUCUCCAAUGAUCCCAUUCCAUGCAGUGCGUUAUCUCUCCAGUGAUCCCAUUCCAUGCAGUGCAUUAUCUUGCCAACGGUCCCAUUCCAUGCAGUGCAUUAUCUCUCCAAUGAUGCCAUUCCAUGCAGUGCGUUAUCUCUCCAAUUAUGCCAUUCCAUGCAGUGCGUUAUCUCCCCAACGAUCCUAUUCCAUGCAGUGCGUUAUCUCUCCAAUGAUCCUAUUCCAUGCAGUGCGUUAUCUCCCCAACGAUCCUAUUCCAUGCAGUGCGUUAUCUCUCCAAUGAUCCCAUUCCAUGCAGUGCAUUAUCUCUCCAAUGACCCCAUUACAUGCAGUGCGUUAUCUCUCCAAUGACCCCAUUACAUGCAGUGCGUUAUCUCCCCAAUGAUAUCAUUACAUGCAGUGCGUUAUCUCUCCAAUGAUGCCAUUCCAUGCAGUGUGUUAUCUCUCCAAUGAUCUCAUUCCAUGCAGUGCGUUAUCUCCCAAAUGAUCCCAUUCCAUGAAGUGCGUUAUCUCCCCAACUAUCCUAUUACAUGCAGUGCGUUAUCUCUCCAAUUAUCUCAUUCCAAGAGUGUGUUUUCUCCCCAACGAUCCUAUUCCAUGAGUGUGUUAUCUCUCCAAUGAUCCCAUUCCAUGCAGUGCGUUAUCUCCCCAACGAUCCUAUUCCAUGCAGUGCGUUAUCUCUCCAAUGAUCCCAUUCCAUGCAGUGCGUUAUCUCCCCAACGAUCCUAUUCCAUGCAGUGUGUUAUCUCUCCAAUGAUCCCAUUCCAUGCAGUGCGUUAUCUCCCCAACUAUCCUAUUACAUGCAGUGCGUUAUCUCUCCAAUUAUCCCAUUCCAAGAGUGUGUUUUCUCCCCAACGAUCCUAUUCCAUGAGUGUGUUAUCUCUCCAAUGAUCCCAUUCCAUGCAGUGCGUUAUCUCCCCAACGAUCCUAUUCCAUGCAGUGCGUUAUCUCUCCAAUGAUCCCAUUCCAUGCAGUGCGUUAUCUCCCCAACGAUCCUAUUCCAUGCAGUGCGUUAUCUCUCCAAUGAUCCCAUUCCAUGCAGUGCGUUAUCUCCCCAAUGAUCCCAUUCCAUGCAGUGCGUUAUCUCCCCAACGAUCCUAUUCCAUGCAGUGCAUUAUCUCUCCAAUGAUCCCAUUACAUCCAGUGCCUUAUCUCCCCAACGAUCCUAUUCCAUGCAGUGUGUUAUCUCUCCAGUGAUCCCAUUCCAUGCAGUGCAUUAUCUUGCCAAUGAUCCCAUUCCAUGCAGUGUGUUAUCUCUCCAAAUGAUGCCAUUCCAUGCAGUGCGUUAUGUCCCCAACGAUCCUAUUCCAUGCAGUGCGUUAUCUCCCCAAGAUCCUAUUCCAUGCAGUGCGUUAUCUCCCCAAGGAUCCCAUUCCAUGCAGUGCGUUAUCUCUCCAAUUACCCCAUUACAUGCAGUGCGUUAUCUCUCCAAUCAUGCCAUUCCAUGCAGUGCGUUAUCUCCCCAAUGAUCCUAUUCCAUGCAGUGCGUUAUCUCCCCAAUGAUCCCAUUCCAUGCAGUGCGUUAUCUCUCCAAUGACCCCAUUCCAUGCAGUGCGUUAUCUCCCCAAUGAUCCCAUUCCAUGCAGUGCGUUAUCUCCCCAACGAUCCUAUUCCAUGCAGUGCGUUAUCUCCCCAACGAUCCUAUUCCAUGCAGUGCGUUAUCUCUCCAAUGAUCCCAUUCCAUGCAGUGCGUUAUCUCUCCAAUGAUCCCAUUCCAUCCAGUGCAUUAUCUCUCCAAUGACCCCAUUACAUGCAGUGCGUUAUCUCUCCAAUGACCCCAUUACAUGCAGUGUGUUAUCUCCCCAAUGAUACCAUUACAUGCAGUGCGUUAUCUCUCCAAUGAUGCCAUUCCAUGGAGUGCGUUAUCUCUCCAAUGAUCUCAUUCCAUGCAGUGCGUUAUCUCCCAAAUGAUCUUAUUCUCUGCAGUGCUUUAUUUCACUGGUGAUCCCACCCCGUGCAGUGCGUUAUCUCCUCAAUAUCCCCAUGCAGUAUAUUAUUUCUGGUGUUGUUAGUUUGCUCUUUGCAUGUAAUCUCAUUCCUACACGUGGUUCUGAUACAUGGUUUCUUCAUACAGCUGUCCUACUCCUGGAUGCGAUGGAAGUGGCCACAUUACAGGAAAUUACGCCUCCCACCGCAGGUAAGAUUCCCCCUGGGUUCUUUAUCUCUGCUCUGGCUUGCUAGCUUUUAAUUUAUUGUUUGGUACUAUCCCGCAUUCCUCCUUUUUUUUGGCUUAUACAGAUUUCUAUCUCUUCUCUUACAGCCUUUCUGGUUGUCCUCUUGCUGACAAGAGUCUCAGAAAUCUCAUGGCUGCUCACUCUGCUGACCUCAAGUAUGUUUGCGCUGCUCUACUCCCCUUUCCCUGAACGCUACCUCCCCCUUUAAACCUAUCCUCCUUCCGUGGCUCUUACCAAAAUCUGCUGAGACGACUGAGACCCCAUAAUUUAAUAAAACAUCACCAAAUGGCAGAAAACUGUUGGUGGAGAUCACAAUUGGCUCCAAUCUUUAAAGCUCUGAGCAGAUUUUGUUUGACUACAUCAGAGCUAAAUUCUUUAUUCUUUGCAUGUUUUGCUUUUAUUAUUUGCUAUAAAAUGGUUGGGAAACCCAUAUUACAAUCAAUGACAUGUCUCUGCUCCUGUUACGGAACUCAUGGAGUGAAUCUUUUUCUGCAACUUUAAAAUUGUCUGUUACAAAAAAAAAAUGGUUUUAAAAGAAACAAUAUGUCAAUAAAGGGAAAAUUACACUAAUGAAUAAAACAUCCGAAAUCACCUAUAUCUAACCUAUUUUGUCAUGUGAUGCUCCAUUUCUUGUCACCUUCUGGGACCUUUGCAUGUUUUGCAGAGACCCCUAAUGGUGACAUUGAUGCUUGAUGAGCAGUGGCCUAGGGGUGAAGAACAUGUGAGCUAUUCAAACUUGAAUUAGAUGUACUUACAUGAAUACCCUCAAGGCCACCGCCAUCUCCACCUGGUCAACCUUCUUCAGCUGAUGGUACGUCUUCUCCAAGGAGCCAACGUCAGCCCAGUAUUGAGCAUGCAAUUAGGGAGACAAUGAGAAAAAUGACAAAACAUGCGGUGGUACCUUUGCCUUUUGUCAUGUUUUGUCAAGCAGAAGGAAAAUACACAAUAUAAAAUACAUAAAAGAAAUCCCUACUUUGCUUUUUUAUUUUUCAGACCUCACGUAUAUUUGUUGAAUAUAGUGGAUAAAUAAACAUAAUAUUAAAAUCCUGCAAUGUGAUGGUUUCCCUAUAAAAGCUAUUUAAAAAAUAUAUAUUAACAGUUGUUUAAAAUGUUUCAGUGGUUACAAAGACAUUAAUUUAACUAUAUGAAUGAAUGUAUUAAUAAUAUCUGGAAUACCAGUGAAUCAUUUCACAUAUAUAUGUAUUAUUUUGUAGAGGCAUUUCUUUUACAUAAAGAAAACGUUUUCGGAAAAUCAUGAAGCAAAGACUUCAGUUUUUGUGCAUUGUAUGGAUUUUACAGAGAUAAAUGAGCAGUUUUAGGUUUAUUAUAACAAACCGUAUCCUGUGUGUACUUAUAAUCAACAAAAAUAUCAUUUCUUAACCCUUUCUCUCCCGUGUUCCUUCCCAGGUGCCCGACCCCUGGAUGUGAUGGCUCAGGACACAUUACAGGGAAUUAUGCGUCUCAUCGAAGGUGAAUUAUGGGUGAAAUAAUUACCAUUAUUCUAUAUCCUGUACAUUGUUACCGUAAACUCUGACUAAAGCAGUGAAAUUACCCAAAGGAUGGAAAUGUCCAUCUCUUUCCAUCCUCCUUCUCUAAUAGUGUUAUUUACUAAACCAGAAAUGGACACGACAAUUCCCCUCGUCAAUUCGCCACAAUUUCUGAUUUACUAAGAACAACUCCAUCUGUCUUCUCCAGCACCAAACUGCGGCUCAGUCACUGUCGGGGUUAGUUUCUAAAGGAGGGAUGGCUAGGAAGUGAAUUCAGACUGAAUUUCAAAAUAGGCCAAAAUAAGAAAAAUGUCCAAGUCAGUUCAGUUUGGCUAUAGUUUAUUACUGAAAUUCACAAUGAAUUCCUGGCAAUUCUUCAUUUAGUGAAUAACUCUGCAGGUCCAUGAGAAUUCUACGCUCUGUCCCGCUAUUGUUUGUCAUGGUGGAACUGUCUGCGAUCUGAUAGAUCGUGCCUGUCACAAUCAUCCCUCUCUGUCUCUGAAUUUAUAGUUUGUCUGGCUGCCCUCGUGCCAAGAAGAGUGGAAUGAAAAUUACACCCACCAAGGAAGACAAGGACGACCCAGAGCUAAUGAAGUGAGUAAAUUCAAGGAGAAAGAGUGUGAAGCCAUUAAUUAUGAUGAUAUUUUAGACCAGGAAGUGAGGUCUGCCAGUAACUGCAAGGAAAUUGUGUUCAGUCAUUAGGGGGAAUUAACUUGACCAAAGAACGACAGCAAUAAACACAUCAGAGCUUAAUUCCCUAAACAGUGAAUUCUUACGCACGCAGGACAGAGUGGAAAACAAUGCUGAUAUAAUGGCUCAGUCACUGAGUUGGAAUUUUUGUUUUCACAUUAGCUGCUUUGACCCCAAACUUGCAAUUUCAUUCUGUACGCAACGCAACUUUGAAUUAUCCCCCAAAUCUAUCUUAAAUGCAUUGUUGCACAAUAUUAGAAUUAUAGCAGUACAGUUUAUACAUUGCCCACUUAAAACCCAUGACUGGCACCCCUUGGUGUACACGAGCUUGGGUAUGGAAGGGGGAUCACUGAUAAUUACAGAGGGAAUAAUAAUACAUUAAUUAGAGAUAUUAUAUUGGACCCCCUGCUAUACUAAAAGCAUUAAAACACAGAAUCGAAAGGUAUGGGCUGCACAAAUUCAGUAUGCUACAGCAAAUGUAUUCCUCUUAACUUAUAGGAACGUUGUUUUGGCCAUAAAAGGCUUUAAUCACGUUUCUUAAUCCCGUUCCUUUCGUUCUUGUAAAUUAUACAGAGGAGCAAGCAGCUCCCUCAGAACAGAGCUCAGAAUAUGUAUUCAGCUCCGAGAGUGUAGCGGUAUUGAGUUCAAUACUAAAACAUUAUCUUACCAGAUUAUAUCACCUCAAAUAAAUACAACAUCGAAAAUACCUUCUCACAUGCCGCAAACACCACAAAUGCCCUCUCACAUGCCACAGAGAUCACGAAUGCCCUCUCACAUGCCACGAAUGUCCUCUCACAUGCCGCAAACAUCACAAAUGCCCUCUCACAUGCCACAAAUGCCCUCUCACUUGCCACAAACACCACAAAUGCCCUCUCACAUGCCACAAAUACCCUCUCACAUGCCACAAACACCACAAAUGCCUCCUCAAACACUAAAAAUGAAUUCUCAGAUGCCACAAACACCACAAAUGCCUUCUCACAUGCCACAAACAUCACAAAUGCCCUCUCCUAUGUACCAAAUGUCUUCUCACAUGCCACAAACACCAUGAAUACCCUCUCACAUGCCACAAACACCAUGAAUGCCCUCUCACAUGCCACAAACACCACAAAUGCCUUCUCACAUGCCACAAACACUACAAAUGCCCUCUCACAUGCCACAAACACCAUGGAUGCCUUCUCACAUGCAACAAACACCACAAAUGCCCUCUCACAUGCCAGAAACACCAAAAAUGCCCUCUCAUAUGCCACAAACACCACAAAUGCCCUCUCACAUGCCACAGAUGUUUGCAAUUGAACACACGUAACCAGGGUGCUGCAGACUGGGAGGGCCAAGUUCCCAAAGAAAUGCAAUGGUAGUAAAUACAAGUAUCCAGGCACAGCUAAUGGUUUUUAAAAGCCAGUCUUGAUUUGAAACACAGAAAUGGAGACAAUGUUUCAUUUUCUACAGGAGCCUUUGUCAAGUCUUGAGCGUGGUCUGGGAACCUAAAGUAUAUGUGCGGCAAGUUCCGCCCUCACAUUAGGCCUUCCUUGUAGGAAAGCAUUGAAUCAAUGCAUGUCUGUGAGGUUUUUCAACACCUUGGACAUCCUCAUGCAAAGCGUAAGAACAUCCAGAGCCAUUUUACGUGGGUCAAAUUCUGUGACACACCAGGAAGCAGCUCUGGCGGGAGUCUGGUAGACAGUCACCAGAGGAGGUCUUAACCCUGCAAUGUAAACAGCGAAGUUUCUCUGAAACAUGUUUUACAUUGCAGGGUUAAGGGAACAGGGACACUGCACACAGACCAAUACAAUGAGAUGAGAUCUGGGUGCCUUCAGUGUCUCUUUAACCUCACAAUCUCAAUGUAUCAAUUUCCAGAUUGUGUGAUAACAAUGAAGACUGAAGUUAAUCCCAGCUGUCAGUUGAUUACGAUUUCGAAUUUUUAUGUUGUUACCAGUUGAAAAAGGUUGUAACGUUUCUGGAUUAUGAUCACAUGUGAUGUCAGCCAAACCUGGACAUUGUUAUUAAUUUAAUACGAUACUGGAUUAUAAUUUAUCCCAUAAUUUACUUUUCAAAUCUACCUAAUUCAAUGUUGAGUGAAUGAAGCUCUGGAGACUCCUUUAAUUCUGAGGAAAAUGCAUUUAGAAAAAAAUUAUAAUCUAUAUUAAAAUACUUUCAGGACAUAUGUGGGAUACAGUUUACUGCUCAGAGAACUACUGUAUGAUUGCAGUAUUAACAAUAUGCUAUUGGUAACAGUGGCGUGGUAACGACAUGAUUGCAAAGUCUAUUUCUCCUUUGGGGUAUUGAGUUAUUCGCUUGUGAUCGCAUUUAUGACACUUUAUCUUUCUCAAUCCGUGGCCCCCGCUGGCAAGAGAAUUAGGGGCAAAUUAUAAUUCGUUCUGCAAGCAAUUAAAAACCAAGAUUGGUAUCUCAGAUUACACAUCAUUAAAAAAUAUAUAUAAUAAUAAUAACAAUUGUGGUCCUUCACUUACUGUGCAUUGGGAAAGCAAUGCUGUUUGUGAAUAUAUAUAUAUAUAUAUGAAAAGAUCAGAAGAUCUUCACUAGAAGAGUCAUGAUGAAGACUAUGAUGGGUGUUUGCUUGAAGACUUGUCUUAAUUCAUAAUCAUAAUCAACUUUUAAGUAUUACUCAAGUAACAGGGCUUGAAGCUAAUUCUCCAGGGAAAUGGUUUCUCGAUGGCCAAAGAUAGUUCUAAGGAUAGGUUUAGGAAUUAAUUAUUAAAUAUGUUUAAUGUGUAUAUGUGUCACAUAUCCUGGUUUCUUAUGCCGAUUUCUUUUUAUUUUUGUACGUAGGUGCCCCGUUCCCGGCUGUGAUGGUCUUGGACAUAUUAGUGGGAAAUACGCGUCCCACCGCAGCGCCUCAGGUUGCCCGCUAGCUGCCCGAAGACAAAAAGAAAGUGCUCUGAACGGGUCGGCCUUCUCUUGGAAAUCUCUGAAGAAUGAGGGCCCAACCUGUCCCACCCCCGGGUGCGAUGGAUCGGGUCACGCCAAUGGAAGCUUCCUCACUCAUAGGAGGUACGAGUCGAUCUAAAACCAAAUUCCACUCUGGUGUCAGCAAAAAAAAAUACAUCUACCACCUCUUUUUUCACCGUGUCUGUCUAUAAUCAAUAAAACAUGACAAAGAGCAAGUUCAUAGCGUGACAGCUCUGUGUGACCUCCUUGACCACACAUUUCCAGUGAGCAGUAGUUUAUAACCCCUAUAUUGACUUGGUUAUUCACUAAACACAGCAGGUGUCUUUCAAUUUGGAUAUUGUGGCAUAAAAGUAUGAAAUUCAUCUCAAAUUCCAAACAAUUGAAAUUUUUUUUGAUAAAUGAUUAAAAUUAAACUAAUAUGAUUUUUCCCUAAAAGAUGGCAAAAUACAAAUCAAAGUUUGUAUUAUUCUUUCCAACAAGGAUACAAGUUGACUCAAAAACCUACUCUAAAAUUGUAAAUUGUACGUUUCCUGGAUCAGUAGAACAACUGUGUUUAUAUUAAUUUUUACUAAAUUAUAUAUUCAACUUCAUUAAACAAUAGUUUCUGGAUUCGUAAUGAAAGCAUUUGCUGAAUUUCACAGCACUAUUUUUAUAAUUAGUGAAUUCUACAUCUUCACUUACUGUGACGUUCCCCUAUCUACAUCAGUGCGAAAUUUUUUUAAAUAUUUCAUUAUAUCUUUUCAUGCGACAACACUGAAGAAAUGACACUGCUACAAUGUAAAGUAGAAAGUGUACAGCCUGUAUAACAGUGUCAAUUUGCUGUCCCCUCAAAAUAACUCGGCACACAGCCAUUAAUGUCUAAACCGUUGGUGAUAAAAGUGAGUACACCCCUAAGUGGAAGUGUCCAAAUUGGCCCAAAGUGUCAAUACUUUGUGUGGCCACCAUUAUUUUCCAGCACUGCCUUAACCCUCAUGGGCAUGGAGUUCACCAGAGUUUCACAGGUUGCCACUGGAGUCCUCUUCCACUCCUCCAUGCUGACAUCGUGGACCUGGUGGAUGUUAGAGACCUUGCGCUCCCCUACCUUCCGUUUGCGGAUGCCACACAGAUGCUCAAUAGGGUUUAGGUCUGGUGACAUGCUUGGCCAGUCCAUCACCUUUACCUUCAGCUUCUUUAGCAAAGCAGUGGUCGUCUUGGAGGUGUGUUAAGGUAUCAUGUUGGAAUACUGCCCUGCGGCCCAGUCUCCGAAGGGAGGGGAUCAUGCUCUGCUUCAAUAUGUCACAGUACAUGUUGGCAUUCAUGGUUCCCUCAAUGCACUGUAGCUCCCCAGUGCCAGCAGCACUAUUGUAGGCCCAGACCAUGACACUCCCACCACCAUUCUUGACCGUAGUCAAAACACACUUGUCUUUUUACUCCUCACCUGGUUGCCGCCACACACGCUUGACACCAUCUGAACCAAAUAAGUUUUUCUUGGUCUCAUCGGACCACAGAGCAUGGUUCCAGUAAUCCAUGUCCUUAGUCUGCUUGUCUUCAACAAACUGUUUGCGGGCUUUAUUGUGCAUCAUCUUUAGAAGAGGCUUCUUUCUGGGAAGACAGCCAUUCAGACCAAUUUGAUGCAGUGUGUGGCUUAUGGUCUGAGCCCUGACAGGCUGACCCCCCCACCCCUUCAACCUGUGCAGCAAUGCUGGCAGCACUCAUACAUCUAUUUCCCAAAGAUAACCUCUGGAUAUGACGCUGAGCACAUGCACUCAACUUCUUUGGUUGACCAUGGCGAGGCCUGUUCUGAGCGGAACCUGUCCUGUGAAACCGCUGUAUGGUCUUGCCCACCGUGCUGCAGCUCAGUUUCAGGGUCUUGGCAAUCUUCUUAUAGCCUAGGCCAUCUUUAUGUAGAGCAACAAUUAUUUUUUUCAGAUCCUCAGAGAGUUAUUUGCCAUGAGGUGCCAUGUUGAACUUCCAGUGACCAUUAUGAGAGAGUGUGAGAGCGAUAACAUGAAAUUUAACACACCUGAGCCCUUGUAACACUAACGACUCACAUGACACCAAGGAAAGAAAAUGGCUAAUUGGGCCCAAUUUGGAAAAUUCCACUUAGGGGUGUACUCACUUUUGUUGCCAAUGGUUUACACAUUAAUGGCUGUGUGUUGGGUUAUUUUGAGGGGACAGCUAAUUGACACUGUUAUACAGGCUGUACACUUACUACUUUACAUAGUAGCAGAGUGUCAUUUCUUCAGUGUUGUCACAUGAAAAGAUAUAAUAAAAUAUUUACAAAAAUGUGAGGGGUGUACUCACUUUUGGGGGAUACUGAAUGUCGAAAGCAAGCCGUACAAAGUCACUACUGGAAACUUAGUUAAUGUAGGACAUAGUUCUUCGCACAGCCUGUCCUCCACCAAUCUUUAAAUUUCUUUCUUCUGUUAUCUCCAGUUUGUCAGGUUGUCCCAGAGCUUCCUAUGCAGGAAAGAAGGGCAAACUCUCAGGGGAUGAACUUCUAGGCACAAAGUUCAAGAACAGCGAUGGUAAGUGUGUGUUACGGAUGUGAGAAUGAAAACACACUUUAGUAAAACUAUAAAAAUAAAAAGACUGGUACAGGAUAAAACCAGGUUCACAGAAACGAAAACGUAGACCAGUCUUUGUCCGAACUUUGGUUUAACAGCGUACGUUGGCGUUUUUUGAUAAAUGCAUCCUAUAGCCGUUAAUGUCAUUUUAUAACAGGUUUUAGUGUUCAAUAGCAGAGAGAACCUCAGGUCAAGCUCUGCCAACCAGUAUUGUUGCCAAGUCUUAUAAGCAUAUGGCGUAUCCCUGUACAACAAAUAUGAACUUGGCUUUAAUGGGAACUUUUAUAUGAUAUUUGUGGAUACGCUUUUUAAAUUAUUUAAAACCAUGGCAGCCAAUGACAGUGAAUUAUGGUCAGAGGCAAGUAAGUGUAAAGUAUGGUGGCGUAAUCUACAGCUUCCCAUCUGGUAAAAUUCCUGUAGCAUCUUAACUCCCAGCUGGCUGAGGUUUAUUGGAAUUAAUUCAACAACAUGUAUAGAUUCUUCUUGUUGAAUGCUUUGUGGCAUGAUUAUAACAUACUGAAUCUCCUUCGCAGUCUUAGAGAAUGAUGAAGAAAUUAAGCAGCUGAAUAAGGAGAUCAAUGAUCUGAACGAGUCCAACUCCGAGAUGGAAGCAGAUAUGGUGAAUCUUCAAACUCAGGUCAGUACCUUCUAUUCCGUGACCAUGUUAUAUAUCGCCCAAUGGCUGCAAGUUCAACCUAUAAUCCCAGGUAUGAGAGGCCCAAUAAUGUUUUACGUAACUUAUGAGAUGCCUCCCAUAAUUAAAAUGUAACCCAGAUAUGCAGUUUUCCAGUCUGUAAGAGAGGCUGAUCUUCCUCAUCAAUGAGUGUAGUUUAUUAAUACAGUAAAUAUUGUUCUUGAUAACCUCAGUUUUCAUUUCUACCUAUAAGGCUUCCAUGCCACCACUCACUACCUUCAAAUACCAUUUCAUAGUAAUAGGAUUUCAUUCAAGUGUAACAUAUAAUCAUUCCCUUUCCCCAUCUAUUGUCUUCGAUUAAAGUCAAUGAGCUGGUGAUGGUAUUGUUAUGGUGUUAUAGGGUCAUUAGUAAACAUGGCUUACACAUUAAAAAAAAACAGUUCAUUGCCAAAAUGGAUUUAUUCUGAGGAAGUGAUUUAUUUACCAAUAUUAGAAGCAGUGUGUUAGGUAGAUGGUAAGUUUAUUUUGGUGACAUUCCUUCUCUUCCACUCCUUACAGAUCACAUCAAUGGAGAAGAACCUAAAAAAUAUAGAAGAAGAGAAUAAGGUCAUAGAAGAGCAGAAUGACGCCCUGUUUGUCGAACUUUCUGGGCUAAGUCAGGCCCUUAUCCGAAGUCUUACCAACAUCCGCCUUCCUCACAUGGUACGGAAUAUAAAAGUUAAAUGUUGGAUCGAUGGGUCGAUGGAUGGACAGGUGGAAGGGUGGUUGGAUGAAUGGAUAAAUGGAAAAAAAGAUGCUGUCGUAAAAAUACCUCACAGUUUCCCUAUACUAUAUUGAAUAGUAGAGAAAAGUCUUCAAACAAAAUAUUAAUUUAUGUUAAUAAAAAUAAUUGUACAAAACGAAAAUGUUGGUAAUUCAGCAAAGACCGAAUUACAACAUACUGUUUUGGGUCAUUCAAUUCUUAUAAUUGCAUUUUUGGAAUGUAUGUUAUCUGUUCCUGUCUGUGUAGUUUGUCUUGUUUGUUUAGAUUUUUUAUUUUUUACAGUAAGCCAAUAAAGAAAAAACAUCAGAUUUUGUAUGGUGCCAUAUAUCCUAAUCUUAAGCCACCAGAUGUUUGUGGUGUCGUUCAUUUCAGUAGACACAGUUCUUGCUUGCCCCCGUGUUAGUGCGUUGAUUUUUUUGGGUUGGUCGUUAAGCGCAAUGUUUGUUUUUUAUUUACAGGAGCCAAUCAGUGAACAGAAUUUCGAUGCCUAUGUGAAUAAACUCACUGACAUGUACACCGACCAGGAAUGUUACCUCAAUCCGGAGAACAAAGCUUUGCUCGAAAGCAUCAAACAAGCUGUCAAAGGGAUUCAGGUGUAACAUAGGAAUAUGAGAAUUUUCCAGUUGAGUAUUCAGGUCCACAAGCCAAAUGGUUUGUGCAUUGAAUCACAAAACUUAAAGGACCAAAAUGAGUUAAAAAAACUAAACAAAAAAACUAAAUAAAUUAAUGAGGAACCGGAUGGAAAUGUUGAACGCCAAUUUGGAAACGAAGCUGAAAGAAAAUAUAAAUUAUUUUGUUUUAUUCUUAAAUGUAUCGGCCUGAUACUGGAAAAUGAGGAGAAAGGACCAUGCUCACUUACGCAAUCCAGGAUACAAAGAUGAGUUUUUAUGACCAAUUAAGGGCCAGAUUGACUGCAAAGUGAACAAAGCCUGCCCUUUCUAUUUUCAGGGUAUGAUGAUACAUUGUGGACCAUUUAACCAAGAGCAAAAACCCUGAGGUUCAUUCUUGGACCAAACUUAACCAGACGCCAAAACAGAAGAUUUAUCUCGACAGAUAAGAUAUCUGCCGAACCCAUCAGGAUUUUUAUUUUUUUAUUUUUAUUUUAUUAUUAUUUUUUUUUAAUAGAAAGGUCCGGCAGAGGAGUAAAAAGACAAGUAUUAUACACAAGAAAAAAAAAUCUUCUUUAUUUUUCACAAAAACAUUUUAAAUGAGCAGUUCUGUAAUUCCUUCUGAAGCGCAAAGGGUUAAAGGUUCUCAGGGAAAGCUUUCGGGGUUACAGCUGCGUCGUUAAUUUUUUAUUUUCUGUCUUAACUUUCUCGCUACCAGGGGGUAGGGGUUAUGUUCAAAUCGUACCGCAGUGCAAACUGGCAUGCAGCUGUGUCCCCUCUAGAAUGCGUUUCCAGUUUGCUGCCAGAACAAAGUCACUUAAGCGGUGUUGAGUGGGUGUGUGUAUUUAUGUGCGUAUGGGAGGGCCAUCUCCUUCUCUUUGUAUGGAAGGCCACCUCCUUCUCUUUGUAUGGAAGGACAAGCUACUUCUAUGUGUAUGGAAGGGCCAUCUCCUUCUAUGUGUAUGGAAGGGCAAGCUCUUUCUAUUCAUAAGGGACGGACAAUUCCUUCUGUCCAUAUAGCAUGGCCAGUUCCUUCUAUUGUAUGGGAUGGCCAGUUACGUCUGUCUGUAUGGAAUGGCCAGUUGCUUCUGUCUCUAUGGGAUGGCCAGUUCCUUCUGUCCAUAUGGUAUGGCCAGUUCCUUCUAUUGUAUGGGAUGGCCAGUUCCUUCUGUCUGUAUGGAAUGGCCAGUUCCUUCUGUCCAUAUGGGAUGGCCAGUUCCUUCUGUCCAUAGGGGAUGGCAAGUUCAUUCUAUUGUAUGGGAUGGCCAGUUCCUUCUGUCUGUAUGGAAUGGCCACUUCAUUCUAUCUGUAUGAGGCAGCCAGUUCCUUUUGUUGUAUGGGAAGGCUAGUUCCUUCUGUUGUAUGGGAGGGCCAGUACCUUCUGUCUAUAUGGGAGAGCCAGUUCCUAGUGUCAUUAUCCAGUGUCUAUAAUUUCGAGAGUUCUAUCUGUCUUGGUUCUCUUAGUGCAGCCCUGUAGGAUAUGUAUAGUGAAGAUACGUUUUAGCAGUAAACCCUGUACCAGGCAGGAAUUCAGGUACAGGUUUAGCAUAAAUGGUCCUGGCUCAACCUCUUCUUCUCCUUGCGUGAUUUGCAAUUUGACAUACAUAAUAUAUUGGGCUCUCACUUCUUUCCUCAUGUGAAGAAGUGAAGGGUUGAGCUAGUAGAGAGAAUACUCUCCAUUCUGUUGGCCAGGGAGUUAUAUAUUGUAACCUAUCUUUUGACAAGCAAUUAUCGGUUAACAGAAUGAGACAAGAUAUGGGGUACAAAUUUAAUAGAAGAGAUUUUGUUUUUACUUUGUAAAUCUUGAUAUUACAGCAUGGAAGAUGGGUCGAUUGCUAAAUUUUAGCAGGUUAAGCUAGAUGCCCCAUGCUUGCUGUUGGCAGACAAGCUUGAAAUGGACACCUACAUAUUGUAUGUCCAAGGUCUACAGAGACUAUAAAGCGGCUUUAAAAUACCAUCAAAGUUAUACUCACUCCUGCUAGAGCUGUAUUAACUACUAGGUCAACUUUGACAACUCCUAUGAACUUAUCUUACAUGGUGGAAGAUGACCUGACAUUGGGAUCCAGAGUCAAUAUAGGGCAAUGCCUACAUUCUGCUCUCUGCCCCUACACAUUGUUGAAUAUGUGUUCAGGAAAUAAGCUCUCAAUGUAGUGACCCAACCUGGGCCCUUCUCUGUUUUAAUCUGGCUCUGAAUUCUGUUUAACUGCGCUUUCUGCAUAAUGUACCCUGUGUCCUUAGCUGAUGACUGGUUAGCCAGGAUUCUGAUGGUCAAUUGAGAUUCACCGUAAAGAUGAGUACAAAAGAGAUUUAUCUAACUCUUCCACGGUGCGCUAUAAGACCUGCACAUAUCCCUGAGAGUAUUCUGGAUGUAAAGUUUCGAAGGUCUUGAUCACACACUGUACAGAUAGAGCAAUACAUGUAAAUGUAGGAAAUAAAUAAGUAAAACCUAUUUAGCAAGGAUUCCAGCUAACCUGGAGAUGACAUUACAAUCACCACCAUCUAAUACCAUAGACCUUGGUCUUAAAAUUGUGGUGGAAAGAUGGUUCUGCAUGUAUAGAACAAAGAGAUGAAUUUAUCAGAAAGUGAAGUUUGACCUUUGUAAAUUCUAUACAGGUUAAUGUAGCAGGUGGUUGUAUUCAUGUAAUCCAAAAUGAUGUCUUGGGCCUCGGCAGCAAGUAAUCUUUUUUUUAUUUUUUAAAAAGACUUAAAACUGCGUACAUGUUCUUGUACAUAAAGUCUAAUCCAGAUGUGAAUAAGAAUCAGCUAGUAUUUUGCCAGUAGAACAGCUGCACUUCCACGGAUAACUUAGUUUUAUUAUCUUGUAAAUUAUUUAAUUUCUAAUUUAUUCAUAAAACCAUAUGUGGAUCUUCUACUAUUUAUUAUGUUAAUUUAUUCAAUUUUUUUUCGUUGGACUUAUUUUAACUGGAUACCACACGUGAAUAGGGAGAAAGGAGUUUAAAUAUAAGAGAAAUAAAUUAAUAAUAACCUUUUGACAAUAAAUUAUAUUCCAUGGGUGGAAAAAAAUGCUAUCUACAGCUAAUAGUUUUGAUGAAACCUAGUUAUUUUUUAUAAAUUUUUGUUAUUUAUUCUUUUAAACAAUGGGAAUUUUUUUAAAGAUAUUUUAUAAUGGAGGAGUUUUGAUAUUUUUUUUGUUUUUGUUUCAUUUUACUGGGAAAAAGGGAAAAAAUAAUAUUUUUUUUCUUCACUUUCAUUCCUUUUGUUUUGUUUUGAUUUGUGUAACUCUUUUGGAGAUGGAAAUGACUUUGGUGGCUUUCUGCGGAACUCACCAUUGCCAUUUCUACAUCCAAAGACGGUCACUAUGUUUCAGGCACUGAUGACAGUAUAUUGAAAAAAAUGCUGUAUUUAUUUAUUAAUUAUUUAAGUAAAAUGGACUUGUGAACUUGUUGUAUAUUUAUUUUGUCAUGUUUGUGAGUCUGUUAAUGUGAUUGUUUAUGUGAAGAAAUCCUGUUAAUAUUUAAAAUUAAAAAAAAAUCAAAAAAUUUAAAAUAAAAGGUUGCAUUGAAGGCUGAUACAGACUAUCUGUUAAUCUCUGCUAAUCUCUCCGAUACUGUGAUUCCGGCCUCAGGGAAAAUACAAAACCAACCUGACUACACUUCAG